AUGUCUUCAAACCUCGUGGAAUCCGCCAAGAAGGCUGCGGCCAUUCGUGCUGUCGAUGAUCACCUUGACUCUUCUGCCCGCUUUGUUGGUAUCGGAUCUGGGAGUACCGUCGUCUAUGUAGUAGACGCCAUCGCGGCAAAAGGCCCUUCUUUCCACGGAAGCAUGGUCUUCCUUCCCACGGGAAGCCAAUCCAAAGCGCUAAUCCGAGAUGCUGGUCUCUCUUUGGGCAAUCUACCUGACCGCCCAUUGGACGCCGACGGUCGGCCCGUGUCUCUCGAUGUGGCCUUCGACGGCGCUGAUGAAGUAGACCAAGAACUCAAUUGUAUCAAAGGCGGCGGCGGCUGCUUGCUACAGGAGAAGGGUGUGGCGGUACGGGCCAAGAAAUUCAUUGUUGUUGCCGGUAUGCUUCCAUACACCUAUACGAUGGGCAACACAGCUCCUCAUUACCGGAAGAUCUCAGAUCGCCUUUGCACGCAAUGGACGUCUGGUAUCCCUAUCGAAGUCGACCCCUUUUUGCACUCGAUGUUCUGGAGGACCUGA